UCUUGGCUUCUUUGUCUAUUCACUCUUCAGAAACAAGCAAAUUCUGUGAUCGAAAUGGCUCGCACGAAGCAAACGGCAAGGAAGUCCACCGGAGGAAAGGCCCCGAGGAAGCAACUCGCUACCAAGGCCGCUCGUAAGUCGGCCCCGGCCACCGGAGGCGUGAAGAAGCCUCAUAGGUUCAGGCCCGGCACGGUGGCUCUUAGGGAGAUCCGGAAGUACCAGAAGAGCACUGAGCUUCUCAUCAGGAAGCUUCCCUUUCAGAGGCUGGUUAGGGAAAUUGCUCAGGAUUUCAAGACCGAUCUCCGAUUCCAGAGCAGCGCUGUCUCUGCUCUUCAAGAGGCUGCUGAGGCCUAUUUGGUUGGUUUGUUCGAAGACACCAAUCUCUGCGCUAUUCAUGCUAAAAGGGUUACUAUUAUGCCAAAGGAUAUUCAGCUUGCUCGUAGGAUUAGGGGCGAGAGGGCUUAGGGUUUUUAUGCAUUGUACAAAUUCUUAGUGUUCUCGUUGUUAUGUAAUGG